AUGAGAUCUAGGCAUCCAGAUGGAAGGCAAUUAGCUGGCAAGUGCCUAGUAUGGCACAAAGUACUGCUUCUUAUAACUCAAUGGAAAGAAAAACUCAAUUAUGUUGUGGUGCACUUGAAACUCUUUUUUUUCUUAAUUCUUAUGAGGGAGAAAUAUAAACAAACACCCAACAAUAAUUCAACAAUCGAAAAAUUACUUUUUGCAAGUCAGGAGACUUCUGAAGUUCUGAAGGCAACAAUAUUAAAAUUAACUGUGCAACAGUGA